CUACUUCCGCUGAUCCAAUAUAUGGUGCAGGUAACCGAGUGUGCAUUGAUUGAUAUGCCGCGAUUAUGCAUACUGUAGCCUGAAGUGAGAGGUGCUCACAAUGGAUUCUUCCUUGCUGGGCCAGGUGAUCGCCCAUCGGGGUGUGGCCCUGGCACGGUGCCUACAGACGGAACAAGAAGGGAAGUUGCCACCUGGACUUGUAGAACAUGUGGAAAACCAGAGGUUUCAACCAGCGGAGUCAGAGAUAAAAGAUGAAAGAUUUAUUCAGUCGCUCAACCGUUUCAUCGCCAAAAAGGCUGACCUUCUGUUCAGGAGGGUCGAUGAGGAGGUCAUAGUCGUUCCCAACAAACACAAGUUUGAAGACAACUACGCCAUCAUGCCUGCCCUGGAGUCUUUCAUGGGGAUACCAGCACACGUCUGUAAAGAACAUUUCUUCAAUGGUCUGGAGAAGCGUGAGGUGGUGAUCGGCGUGGUCACAUCAGUGCUGGAGAGUGGCUUGCUGGUAUCUCUGCUGUGUCUGGACUCGGGUCGGGCUCGUGACAUAGACGACUUGAAGAUCAUUGUAUUCUGCCCAGUCAAAGAAGUGCCAAAGAUUGUUCCUGACCAGAGUGCUCUGGAGUCCUUUCAUGCUAAAGAUAUUGUGAGAGGGAUUGUGCUCAAUGUGAAUCCAGAGACACAGAGGAUCAUCAUUUCACUGCAUGAGAAGUCGCUCAACCCUGGAGACCCCAACAACCCUAAACUGGGCCUCAUCAGUGAAGACGACUUCCCUGUACAUUACAGACGGAAGCUGCACGUGCGCGGUCUGACGUUUGACGAGCUCCUGCAGUCCAUCAUGGGUUUCAACAACUCAGGAAACGUGGAGUACCUAGUGAAACUACACAACCUGAAGGACUGCUCCCUCAUGAGGGGCAUUCACAAUUUGAAGCUGCCGGAGAAAGAAUAUGCUGAGAAUCUGCGCAAGUGGCAAUGUCAGAGGCUGGCCCUACAGAGUGUGGCCCAGGGCGUGUCGCUGUUCAAGAAAGGGAGGCAGAUGGAAGCCAUGCAACACCUGAACAAGGCUCUACAGAUCGACGAGAACAACGUGGAGGCUCUUGUGGCUCGAGGAGCAUUGUAUGCCAACAAUGAGAGUUUCACCAGAGCAGUUGAAGACUUUGAACAGGCUCUCAAGAUCAACCCCACCCAUGCUAACGCCAGGAAGUAUUUGCUGGAGACCAAGCUGGCUCAUGGAAAACUAUUUGAAGAUGAGAAGGAUUAUUUGUCGUCGCUGGAGUGUUAUCGCCAGGCUGUAGCUCUUGAUCCCACCAGUGAUGAGGCCUUGACCUUUCUGAGAUCUUUGGAGCACAGGAUGGUCACCACUGGUGUGUCACCCCAACGAGGCCGUUCCCAAGGUCAUUCUCGAGACAGCAGAGAUGAGUCGGCAGAAGAGUGCAGGGAAUUGUCUGGACGCAGACGUAGAGAAGAGUCACCCCGACGACACAGGGACUAUUCACCACGGCGACAGAGAGACGGGUCGCCCCGUAGUCGGCACGAUGAGUCUGUCUUCGAAAAGACAACCGAUAAAUUAAGACGUCUGAUAGAGGAAGAACAGGACAACAGGAGAGAUGAAAGGAAAAGAAAGUACAAACCCACGAAUGAAUCACCACCAAAAUCAAAACUCCGUUGUGAUAGGGAGGAGAGGGAAGUCGACUCCCAGAGACAUUGGGGCUACAGCCACGUAGCAGAUAACCCUUACGCUAGCAUUUUCAACAAAGACGUGUCCAUACCCUGUUUGGGGUCUCCAGAUGCUCAGCCAAAGGAGCCAAGACAUGCUCUAGAAUCAAGUGCAUUUCCAGAAGGAUUUUGCAAUCCACAAGAUCCCAACUUUGUUCCUAAAGCUCGAAAACCUCGAGAAGAGUUUGCAGGAGGAAGAAUGAUAGUACCCACUGAUAGUGAUAGUGAUAGACAGCAAGCUUGGGGAGAACUGAAACUAAGGAGGAUGUCCCACGGAGAUUCCUCCCCGAGUGAGCUUGAUCAGAGUCACAGCCCAAAAAGCACCAAAUCCUCCAAGAGUCCUUUUGAUGAAGAAGCCUUCUUGUAUGGUGAGAGUGAAAUAGACACUUUGCAGAGAAAAUCUCAACGAAUUUUGAAAGGCCGACGGUCGAAUGAUUGGGAAGAGAGAGAAAUGAUGAUAAAAGAAGGGGAUGAUAAAAAGUGUAGAAACUACUAUUUGGAGGACAUGGAACUUAAAACCCAUUCCUCUGUUUCACCUGAAUGGGAGCAUGUGAAGGUGGGCAAGGUUGUGAGACUGGAAUCCCCAAACUUUAAGAAGGGAAAGGGGAAAGGUAAAGCCCGUAAGUCCAGAAGCUCCAGCUCAGAAUCCAGUUCAGGCUCUACUUCCACUUCCAGGUCCAGUUCUAGUUCUAGUUCAAGUUCCUCUUCCUCAUCUUCUUCCUUUGAAGACAAACCCAAGGGGGAUUAUUACGAAAAACAUGGUGUUUCUAUACCCAAGGGAAUUCGAACAGAUGGAAGUUUCAUGGAAAAAGACUACCACAGAUCAUAUGCAGAUGGGAAAGGAAAGAAAGAAAAAGGAAGGGACUCCAGUGCAAGAAAACAUGCCAAGUCAGCAAAAUAUUCUGAUGAAAAGGACAAAUUAUCGAAGCCAAAGAACCAAGGCAGACAUGACUCCAAAGGGGAAGGGAAAACAGGAAGGGAUGACAGGGGUUCUAGUAUUGAAAGAAGUAGCUCAAAGAAGAAGGCAGAGAUCGAAACAAAGAAGAUGCCUGACCGAGGGAAUGAAGAUGACAAGAGGAAGAAACUCAAAGCAUCUGUGGAACCCUGUACUUCGAAAGAAAUAUCAAUGCAAGGAUCUGGAAAUGAGAGAAGAUCUACUUCAAACGAACGAUGGACCCAAGGAUCCAAAAGAUCCAAAUCGCCAGAGAAGGUGCUUCAAGACUCCAGUGUGUCUUCCCUCAGUGAAAAGUUAGAGAAAGCUCAAGGGGAGGAUCUUCCUGUUACCAUAGGUGGGUUUGGGAAGAUUGAUGAGUUGCCAAGAGGUGUCAGCAAGGAUGAAGAAGCUUUACAGUCUCAUCUGUCCAGCAGAUCUCUGUUUCAUGUGGCCUCCAAGUGGGACGACUCACCACCCGUCGACAUCAAGAUCAAACCAGAUGGGGGGAAGUAUGACAAUAUUCAGAUCAGUAUAACCACCGGUGGGAAGUCUGCCACUCCAAAUGAUCCAAGUGGCAUUCAUAUCUUUUCCGGGAAACAGUUGUCAAAGUAUCGGGCUGAUAAGCAUGUGGAAGAGAAUGAGUCAGAUGAUGAUGAACUUGAGCGAUUGUUCCUCAAGGAGAAGGGUCUGCAGAAAGAUCUCAAGGGGAAGAAGCAAGGAGCCAAAGACAAGAUGCAAGAAGCUCCACAGAAAAGUUUUUCUCAGUCUUUCGAAGAAGAGAAGUUUUCAAGACGUGAUUCAGAAGGAAAUUCAGAAAGGAGAGACAGUAAGGGCAGACAGGAUGUACCCAAGGAGAGGUCAAGGUCUCAAAGGAAAGAUAAUACUGUGUCCAGCAAAGGGAAGAGGAAGAGUUCUACAGUUACGGGCAACUAUGAUGAGGAUGGGCACAGCGAUAACUACAGCAAUGACUAUAGUUUUGACGAAUAUAAAACUGAUCGUUAUCGUGAUGAAAGGGAUAAACGUGACUCUUAUCAUCAUGAUGAAUAUCGUCACCAUAGUCACGAUGAUUAUGAAGAUGAACAUCACGAUCGUGACAAAUGGCGUGAUAGAUAUGAUGAUGAUCGACGAAGUCGGUAUGAUGAUGAUCAUCAUCGCAAAGAAUAUUCUCUUGAAAAGCGAAGGGGGAAUGAACGGAAUAGAGGCAAGGAUUUGUAUGAUGAUGAUAGUUAUGAUUACACUAGACAAGACUGUCGACCACGCAUAGGGAGAAAUCGGCAAUGUGAUAGAUACUGUAGAAAGAAUCACUGCGAAGGUACCAGAGGAAGUAGAGACAGGAGUAGAUCCCGUAGUCCACCAAGGCGGAGGUCAAGGUCAUACACAUCAUCAUCAACAUGGUCGUCAUCCUCAUCCUCCGCCUCAUCAAGGAGCCGGUCAAGAGAAAGAUCACCGCCAAGAAAACCCCCUUCCAAAGGCAACAAGACAACCCUCACCAAAGCAAACAUUGAAGAAAGAAGAACCGUCACAGAAAAUAAAUACCUUGGCCACAAAGCCAGCAAUACCCAGCACUGUUGUAGCGGCUCCGAUCGCAAUGGAUGCAGCAGUGCCUGUGAUAGAGGCAGAUGCUGAGGCAAUGACUGAGGAGAAGAGGCAAUCGCUAAGGGAGCUGGAAUCCUUUCUCACUGACCUCAAAGACAGGAAGAAGCAACAGUGGAUUGCUGAGGGAAAAGUGAAGACUACCGUUUGAGUGAACAUACAAUGUUUCAAGUUUGGUUUAACAAUCAACUUGUACUUAAGACGAUGUAAGUGAGGAGUCUGAAGUAAGAACUUAAUUCAUUGUUAUGGCUUUAUUUUCUACCUAUCUUGAUAAUCAUGAUUAUCACAAUUAAGAAAAUAGAAAUUAUGAAUUGUUUCACUUGCUUAUCCCGAUGAAUGACUGAUCAGUGAUAUGUAAUUGAGUUUUGAUUAUUUAGCACUCGAAGCGAUCAAUUUUGUUGCAAUAAUGAGGACAAUUGUUUUGGUUUUUUACAAAAAAUCCCACUACAAUCAGCACUGGAUCUAUGGUGUUGGAUAAUUUUGUGAUUCUAUUACUUCAUGAAAGGACAUUGUUUUUGUUUAGCGAUAUGCUAUGAAUGUGUGUGUGAUUAUCAGUUCCCUUGAGCACCAUGUGCAGAAAUCACGAAGAAAAACAAAAUUUGGCUGAGGAAUUCAUAAUGGAAACAUACUGUGACUGAGUGAUACAUAUAAACACAAAGUGAGCGCAUGAUUAUAUAUACUAAGCUCUUGCGUAUCCGAUCAUGACAUCAGUUUUGUAUUUCACGUGAUAUUGGGAAUAAACUCCACUCAGUAUAUUACGACUA